GUUCUGUCCGCAGUUUGAAUUUGGCGCGUCGACGGUGGCGGUCAACCCGCGCGCGAGCUCCAAUGCCAGGGCGCCCGCCCGUCAAGCGAACAACUUCAAAAAGUUUUGCUCGUGUUAUUUACUUUUUUGUUUGUUUUGGUGCGGCAGACGGACUUGUUUUUAAACUAAAUAGACUAAAAUUAAAGUGAUAAGUGAACUGUAUGUUAUUAAAAUAAAUUCAAACAAAUGUCUUUAUCUCGUUGGAAUGGCGACGCCUACACCGAUGAUUGUGUGAACAGUAGCUUAUCGUAUACUAUCGUAGUACUGGCAUAAACAAAUACCUACACGAUGGCAGACAAAAAAAUAAACCUCGAAGGUGUCCCACUAAACUCGACAGGUGCGGCGAAUAUUUACUUGAACACGGGCAAAAAUAAAGUGAACGACCGAGAUGGGACUGUUAUUCAUCUAAAUACAGAGAAGCCGGCCGACGUCGGCGUUCACAUUAAUACAACGCUGUCCAUCGCGUCUUCCAAGAAAAUAAAGGUUCUUUUCAUAUUGAACUUUUUGCUCAGUGUAAUAUGCAUGAUAAUAAGUUGCUCGAUCGCAUUUUACUACUGGAACGAGAUGUCAUCUAUGAAAAGACAAUUUGACGUGAUCAGAGAGCAAAUUUUGAUACAGAGUAUCAAAGAAGGAGUCCUUAAUCACGAUAGUAUUAAAGGAGUAUUUACUCAGGAUAAGGCAGUCCAGAGCCCUCUAGUGUCUAAUUUCAAACCUACAAAAGGUGUAGAGGCAAGAGAAGGCAGGGAAUUUGUGAGCACUGAAGCACCACCAAAAAGGUACUACGUAGAGGAUCUAGGGGAGGACAUGUUACUGGUUGACUCUCGCAAAAAGAAUCCUAGUCAAGAAAAGGUGCCAACAUAUGACUUAUCUGUAUUCCAAAAAGAGCCCCUGGUCAUUCAUUUUAAUGGUGCCAUGCGAGAACUGAACAUUGGGACACAAUCUUUAAUUGGACCAUGGCUGCUUGACACAGACGUAUCGUCGAAGGGCAGCGAAACCAAAAUAGAACUGAACACUAAUUACUUCACUGUCAAAGAGAGCGGACUGUACUUCAUUUAUGCACAAGUGGUCUACCUAACUCACGCACCAAACUGCUACUUCAUCUGGGCGCGCCAGCCCGCCAGAGAGCCCCGCCUCCUAACCACCUGCGCCACCGGCGACGACUCGAGCCCCAGGCCUCUCAACAAGGCCCAGAUCUCCUGCUCAGUUCACACUAUAGCCCGGCUGUAUCCGGGAGACAUCGUCAACAUGGCCCAACGCGAACAAAACAGGACCCUUUGGCUGCGGCAAGGUUAUAGCUAUAUUGGCUUCAUCAAACUUAGUUCCUAAUACGGCUGUGAUAGUGAUAAUGAACUGCUUGAAAAGCCGGGACGAGGCCCCACACUCGCUAGGGGGAUGCAAUAUUGUAAAGGUUCGUACACAUGAGGCGGGGCGCGUCGCAAAUUAAAAUGAUUUGUGGCGCGCCCCGCCUCAUGUGAACUAACCUUUAUAUUACUAGAAAGAUGUACGUUUUGAAAUAUAGAAUUGUAAUUGGGAAUUAUUCUCAGCGUACAGAAAAGUGACGUCACUUUAGUCUUUAACACAAAAUACAUAUAUACAAUAUACAUACUACAUGUACUGUAAAUAUUCCAAAAAUGAUUUUUCCCUAGUGAUAAUGGGGCCUCAUACUGGCAACACUGCCAAUGUGCCUUACUCCCAUUCUGUUGAUACGGAUGGUGCUAUCGUAAUACUAUUAUUGUACAGGAAGUGAUUUAAGUGUGCCAUAUAUUGUACAUAACGGUUGAUUACAUACAUCACACUGUCAUAUUAUGUACUUAUAUUAGAAGGAAUGCCAAUGGGAUGAUAAAAAUAAUGUAAACAUAAACAUAGUUAAUUGAUUAUGAAACACGGCUAAAACUCACGUAAUAUUAGGUCGGAGUACGCCCUACUAGUUUCGAACCCAUACAGGGCCCUUAGUCAUGAGCUGGUUCUAGCAUCGCGGCACGAUCCAAAUUGCGAAGCGGCUGCGAAUUUUGAUAUGAAUACCACUCACGAUAGUUUAAAUUCUAAAAAAAAUUAACAUAGUUUGAUAUUAUUACAUACAAGGGAAUAGGUUGGAGGAUUUUUUGUUUAUAAUUAAGAUAAACAGUCAUAUCUAAAUUAUACUACUAAGUGCCGCCACCUUCCGCCCAAGUUAUUACGUUCCCGUGGGAGCAGUGGCUUAACGUGUCUUGAAGGGGCUCUGUAUCAAACUUAGUUAAGGGGCCCAAUUGAACGGUAAAAAAUUCUCAAAAACCAAUCAAAUAUGCUUGUUUAAAAUAAAUAUGAAAUAUACUUUUUUUCGGGAAGCUUUGAAAUACAGUGAGAUUGCGGAUUACAUUUUACUAACUUUUACUUUUACGGGGCUCCUCUGUUGUUCGGGGGCCCCGUAUCACUGAUACGACUGAUAGCUAAGCCCCAUGGGAGUAUCUCAAAAAGUAUUGUUUAUAUAGCACAAUAGCACUUAAACGGGUGAAUCGUUUUUGUUUGCGAUUUUUUGGAUAUAUCCAAAUUAGGUCAGCCGCUUACAAUAUUUGGAGUGUAGGGAUUCUGUUUUAAAGUGUUUGUCUGUAUAUCGACUUUCCCUUGCAUGCAAAAACAUUACCAUUUGUUUACAUUACUUAAGUCAUUUCAUUCGCCCUAUAUUAGACCAAGAGAUGGUCCUUAUUUUUGUGUGUACAAUUGGGAUGUAAAACUGCGUAAAAACUAAUGCAAAAUGCGAUCUCAGAGAUAAAUACUUCCAUAACAUAUUUUUAAAAAAUUUUUACUUAAUAGGAAUAAAAAUAUUUUUCUUAUUAAUUGAUUAUGAAUUAAAUUCUAAAAUAUUUUUCUUAUCAUGCUUCCAGUGAAUUGAUCUCUUAUUGGUCGAAUAAUCCCACAAGUUGUACCAAAAUUUUGUGUUAAGUUUGUCAAAAUUAUAUUAUUCCAUUUGAUGAGAAAUGUGUACGUUUUUGUGUCCUCUAUAUUAGUUAUUUAAUGUUAGAAUUUUUGUAUACUUAAAUUUGCUCAAAACAGCAUUUUUGACAUCUUUUUAUUAUGUUAUUUUAAGGUAUUGUUUGUGAUGAAUAUAUAAUUAUAUUUGCUUAUUCUUACUGCAAAGGCAGAUAUUUUUUGACGUAAAUUUAAAGCGUAAAUAUUUUUUUUAAUUCAUUGUUUUUAAUUCAUGCGAAACUUUUUAGUUUUGUCUAAUACAAGUUUUAAACUGUUUUACAACAAAUAUAAAAACAUUAGCAUAAGACCACCAGUGUAAUUUCUACCUAAAUGUAGUCAAUAAGCGAGUCAUGAUUAUUUUUUAGUUAUUAUUAGUUUUGGAUUUAUAUUUUAAUAUGGUGCUGAUUUGCUGUGCAAGUUAACGGUAUUUUAAUUUACCAGAAAAAUGAUGAAUAAUUGGUAGGUUGAUCAGUGCCUAUCAUGGUAUAUGUAUAUCAUUAGUUGGAUUAAAAAUAUCGCUAACUUGAAGUGUUGGGAUUUUAAGGGAUUAUAAGAUUUUAUAUCGCCUGUAAGAAUGCAAUAUACAGAAUUUAGACUGAAGUUUCAAUAAACGGUUUUCACAGGCGCUAUAAAACAUUAAAAUUAACAUUAAGGCAAUUUAAUAAAAGUUGCAUUUGUUCGUAAGUUAAAAAUUCUAUGUUUUAAUAGAAGAAAUUGGGUCUGUAUAAAAAGCAUCGAAAUCGUCGUUCAUUAGCUCUCGGUCUAUGAGUAAGUAUCAACUUUAACGUCAUAGCGUUGAAUUGUGUGCGUCAGAGAGAUUGUUUUUUUACUUAAUUUGUAAAAUAUGUACUUUUAUUUUAAUAUUAAAUGUAAUAUUUCAUUUGAGUGGGAUUUCCUUACCACAUUUAGGUUUAGUCCCAACUAUGGAGACACUUUUUAUUGGUUUAGAAUUGCAUAAAAUGGGCGUAAAAUUGCUAAUGUUUGUCGUUUAAUUUGUUUGUAGUUCAAUAAUUAUUUUGUUUCUAUAUGAUUAAAUAUUUAUUCAAUUAUAGAAACACUAAGCGCUUUUGAAUCCACCGCCAAGAUUAUAAUACUCGUUUGGGGUAAAGGCGUCAUAUUCACCCAUACAAUUAAAUACAGUUUUUAGUAUAGAUUGAUAGUAUGGAUGUUCUAUUUUCGGAAGGCGUUUUAGUUUUGCUUGUAAUAGUAAGGUGUACGUUUGUGUAAAACUGAAGAAACGACAACUAAGCAGAAAUAUGUUUAUAAAUGUUUAUGUCUUUGACAGCUAGAAUUGCAGCCGGUUUUUGUUAAACGGGUUUCGAUGUCACAAAACUCAUACUAAAAAGUUCAAUACUUAAGUAUACACAGGCACGUUUGUGCUAUCACCUUACUGCUACAUCUCAAGCCAAAGCUAAAGUCUUCCUUAAAUAUAAUAAAAUGAAGAAGAUACCACUUGUCUCUAUCGCUGCCACUUAAUUAAAGUUAAAGUUUGUUGACUUUUCCUUCCAUUUAUUAAUUAUAUUACAUAAAACACUAUACAUAUAGUAAGCGCUUUAUCAACUGAAUUGUCGGACCAUCAAUAAUUUCUCAAAGUCUCAUAGCUUAUUGUAGUUGAUAUCGCGUUAUCAACUGAGUUUGACAGACAUAGUGAUAUUACCUAUUGUUUUCCCGACGACUCAGUUGAUAACGCGCUAACUUUAAUAUUAAUUAGUGUAUUGUACAAUAGAGUUAAGCAACGUAUAUUCUUUAAUGUGCGCAUAACUUAUUGUGAUAUCAAAAUAGAUUUAACUCGUUAUAUUAAUAAGUUCAAUAAUUAUUAUUAUUAUAGACGUGUAAUUAAAUGAAUUGCCUACAGUCUACAGUAGAUUUUUAAUACGACAUUGUAAAUAUGUUAACCGCGAAACAGCGUAUUUUCAGGCCAUUGAUGGCGUCAAAUGUAAUUUUAUAGUGUUCGCCAAACAGAUUCGUCUGAACAUGAGGCGUAUGUCUUCGCAGUGUACAAAAACAUCGCAAUACGGCUAUUAUACGUGCGCAGUUCGACCAUAUUGCAAUUUCAGAGACGAAUUGUUUGACGAAACGUUUACUAUUGUGUAAUUUCAUACAAAUUACUUUACUCCCGUCCACCAAUAAAACGCCAAUGGACCAUAAAA